UUUAAAUUAUGGACGUCUAUGAAAUAGUUAAAACGAUUGGAAGUGGAGCUUUUGGUCAGGUCUACUUGGUCAAGCAUAAACUUGCAGAUACUAAUUAUGUCAUCAAAAAAGUAAAAAUCAAAGAUAUGCCUGAAAAUGAACAAGAAAAUACCAUACAAGAAGUUAGAUUACUUCAGAAACUUAGACAUGUAAACAUCGUUGCAUAUAAAGAUUCCUUUGAAGACAGGGAAAAUCAACUAAAUAUUGUUAUGAUUUAUUGUGAAGGGGGUGAUAUGGCUUCAAAGAUUAAGGAUGCAUGAGGAAAUCAUUUCUCAGAGGAUCAAUUGCUUGACUGGUUCUCUCAAAUGGCUCUUGCGCUUUACUAUUUGCAUGAGAGAAGAAUUCUACAUAGAGACCUAAAACCUCAAAAUAUAUUUUUGAAGAAUGGUAGAAUAAGACUGGGAGAUUUUGGAAUUGCUAAAGUACUAGAUUCUACCAAAGACUUUGCAAAUACUUGAAUUGGAACCCCUUACUUCAUGUCUCCAGAAUUAUUUAAAAACAAGCCAUAUAGUUAUGAUUCUGACAUCUGGGCACUUGGAUGUAUCUUCUACGAAAUGUGAAACCUCAAACAUGCCUUCGAUGCUCAGAGUCUAAAUGGGCUAGCCUUGAAGAUUUUGAAGGGAAAAUACCCAUCUGUCAACUCUAUGUAUUCAAAAGGUUUGAAAGAUUUGAUCAAUAAAAUGCUUUGCCAAAAGAAAUCUCAGAGACCCACAAUAGUCGAUGUUCUGAACACACCAGUUAUCAAAAAGAAGGUGAUCCAGUACUUAAAGAAAUGAUUGAAUGAAGAUCCUUCCACUACUUCAGAAGAUGACGGUUUCGAUAUUGAUGACAAGAAUUUCGAUUCCCUUAGAGAACAAGCUGAACAACUAGAUUUGCUUAAAUACGUAACAGGAGAAUCCGAUUUUGAAAUCAUAGAAGAAGUAAAAGAAGUAAAAGAAACAACAAACUCUUAUAUGAAAUCAGCUAUUAAAAAGAAAAAGAGAAUCGAAGAUGACAUCGAAAAAAUUUAAAAUUCAAAAGUACAAUAAAAUCAGAGAGUACAACCACUUAAAGAAGAAAAAGUAUGGACCUAAUUACGGACUCCGUAAUAAAGAUGGCAAAAUGGCAGGAGGAAUGCAAUCACUACAAGAAGGAGAUAGCGCUAAAGAUAGAGUCCUGAAAAACAAGGAAAGGAAGAAAUUAGAAGAACAGAAAAGAAAAGAAAUGGCACUUAUUCAAGCCUGCAAGGAAAAUGUUGCUGCUAAGGAAGCAGCCAGGAUUAAAGAAAAGAACCAAUACAGACCUUCAAGCGCCAUGGUCAAUAUUUUCGGAGACAAGAAGAAGAUUGAAGAGGACUAUGCAUUUUAUGACCAGCCUGUUGAGGACGAUAAGGAAGAUGAACUCUUAGAAUCCAUCAUGGAGGAAGUAGAUGCUGAAGAUGAAGAAGAGAAAGAUUUAAGAGAAGAUAUAAAAGAGCUUGAUAGACAAAUUCAGCAGAAACAAAAAUAAAUUAGAGGAAACAACUAGUCAAGUGGAUGACCUUACAGGUACAAAACCAUUUGAAAUGAAUGAAAGCGAUGAAGGAGAAGAUAACCUUGAGGAUGAUAAGAGCUCUGACGAUGAAGAAUUUGCUGAAAUUUGGGAAGGUAAAGAAGAGAGCGAUAAUGAAGACGAAGAAAAACACAAGAAAGUUUACAAAUCUUUUGAAGAGAAGAAGACUUUGGUGAAACUUAGUGACAAAAUAAAAAUGCUCAAGCAUAGAUGUGAGGCUUCUCUUGGCUUUACACUCUAUGAGAAAGCUUAUAAACUUAUUAAAAGGAAAGAAGAAAAUUUAAGAAAGAGAUUAAGUGACCUUAUUGGAGAAGAAAACAUUGGUUUCUAUGUUGUGUUCAACAAUAUCCUCUUUUUAGAAAAGAAAAAGAAGGAUAUAAUGGCAAAAUAA